UUAAAUGCAGCAGCAAAAGCAUUCAUCUACCCACCUUCUCUUCCUCAAUCUUCUUCUUCCUUUUUGUUUUCUGUGUUUUUUUUUUUUUAGUCCCCAAAUGGAUUCUCCCUUUCCGUUCAAAUGGCAACCCCUCCCCUUUCAUCCCCUACUUAUCUCACCACCAAUUUAGGCGUCGGCUACGCCAUCGUCGUCGCCCUCGGCUUCCUCCUCCUCCUCUCCACUCUCCUCCUCGCUUCCUACAUUUGCUUCCGCUCUUCCUCACCCCUUCCACCUCGUGCCAUUUCCCCAAACCCCAUUUCAACACCCACCGCCGCCAACUCCGACGGUAUCGUCCUCCCCAGGAUUGUUUUCAUCGGCGAAGAAGACCAUGAAAACGACGAGGAAAACGUCGUCGUCUUUGGGCUUGAUCGUGCCGUCAUAAACUCUUACCCCAAGUUCCGGUUCAGCAAAAAGGAGGUGUCUACGGCGGUGGAGGUGACGGGUUCUAGUGCUGGGAACACCAUUUGUUCGAUAUGUUUGUGUGAGUAUAGAGAAUCAGAGAUGUUGAGGAUGAUGCCUGAAUGUAGGCAUUGUUUUCAUGUAACUUGUAUUGAUGCUUGGUUGAAACUUAAUGGGUCUUGUCCUGUUUGUCGGAACUCACCGCUUCCGACACCGAUUUCUACGCCUUUGUCGGAAGUUAUACCUUUGUCUCAGUACGAUGCUGAUCGGAGGUGGUGGUGACUUUUGGCUUUUGGGUUACCAUCUUUUUCAUUUUUUUUUUCUUCAAUUUUUUUCCUGUGUGGAAAUUUGGUUUUUUGUCAUGGAUGCUUUUUUUUUGGCUUAAUGAAUGGUGAUUUGGUAUA